AUGUCGCGCAAUGGUCCUAGCAAUACCUCUGCCGAUGACUCGCUCCGUCAUAACCGCCGUGACUCCCAGGCUGGCAGAAGCAGAACCGCCCUGGUGACUGGCGCGGGGCGAGGAAUCGGGAGAGCGAUCGCCAUCGCCUUUGCUCAUGCGGGCUACAAUGUAGCCUGCGUCUCGCGAACCCGGUCCGAGGUGGAAAAUGUUGCUGCCGUUAUAAACCUGACUACGCCUUACGAGGCAGGGGCUUUCGUCUGCGAUUGUUCAGAUGCGAAUGCCUUGCACACGCUUGUCCGCGACGUUCGGCGUUGGAAUGAUCGUCCUGUUCAUGUGCUGGUCAACAAUGCGGGGUGCGCCAGGGUCGAAGCUGUCGAGCACCAGUCCAGCAUGACUCCAUGGCAGCGGAUCAUGGACACGAACCUCAAUGGUCCCGUGGCUUUAAUUUACCAACUUCUACCAGACAUGCUCGCCCGUGAGUCUGGUGUAUUGAUCAGUAUCGGGAGCAGGAACGCUAUCUACACUGUACCCUACAUGUCUGCGUAUUCUGUUUCCAAGACCGGGUUGUUUCGCUUUCACCAAAACCUACAGCGCGAAAUCGGCGAUCGUGGAGUAGCCAAUUUCUUCGUGGUUCCAGGGCUAGUGGCAUCAUCUAUACUAGAGCCAGAGGACGCCAUAGAUCGAGCUAGUGUUGACGCGAUCCCUGGUGUCCGAAGGACAGUUGAGUAUCUCACGGGUGCCAAAAUGGGCUCUGCUGAGCCGGUAGCCAAUCUAUGCGUGCGAUUGGCACUGGAUGACUCCUUGCGGCUUCUUAGUGGCCGAUUUGUUGACACGGAGGACAACUUGGAAACAAUUCUGGAAGAUUUGCGACAAGGUGAACAGAGCAGAUGUGUCACAGAAAAUUUGUACAUGAUGAGAGUGGAUAAACUAUGA